CCUUGUCGCUACGGUGCGUCAGUCAAUGACACCAUCUUGACUUGUUUGUGUUCGUACGCUCGCUGGGCGAUUGGGCGCUACCAUAGUUGUGUGAAAUUUGUCUCGUAGGCCGUUUAAUUAUCGGAAAGGAGAGGUCCUUUGCUUUACGCCCCAACUGCCGUCGACUCAAGUUGACUGGCAGGGAUUGCAGAGGCAAGUUUCCUACGUGGACUCAAAUUUUUCAAGUAAAAUGUCGGCCAGUGGGCCUUCACCCAAGAAGGCGCGAAAGGAGGGUUCAGUAGAGGGAGAUGAAGGAAGAGACUAUGAUGUUGAAACACAAAAGGCUCUUGAAGAGAUUGACGCCUGUCAAAAUGAAAUUGAUGUUUUAAAUGAAAAAGCUAGCGAAGAGAUCUUGAAAGUAGAGCAGAAAUACAACAAACUCAGAAAACCUUUCUUUGAGAAGCGAAAUGAUAUUAUUAAGAGGAUACCGAAUUUCUGGGUAACUGCUUUUGUGAACCAUCCUCAAAUUUCUGAUAUCCUUGAAGAGGAUGAAGAAGAUGCUCUUCACUACAUGACUAAAUUGGAAGUGGAAGAGUUUGAAGACAUUAAGUCAGGCUACAGAAUUAAUUUCCACUUUGGUGAAAAUCCUUAUUUUGACAAUGAUGUCCUAACUAAAGAGUUCCAUCUUGGGUCAUCUGGAGAUCCAGCUUCUCAAAGUACAGCAAUCAAGUGGAAGGGUGAAAAUGAUCUCUCCAAGAAAAACAAGGAAAGAAAUGGCGUCAAUAAGGGGAGGAAACGUUUCAUGGAAACUAAAACCUUCUUCAAUUGGUUUGCUGAUCACACUGAUCCCUCAGCUGACGAUGUUGCUGAAUUGAUAAAGGAUGAUUUGUGGCCUAACCCGCUCCAAUAUUAUCUUGUUCCUGACAUUGAAGUCGAAAAUGGUGUUGAAGGUGAUGAGGAAGGAAGUGGGGAUGACGACUCAGUGGUUGUGGAAGUAGAAGGGGAAGAGGAAGAAGAUGAUGGUGGAGAUGGUGAAGAGGGUGGGGAGGAGGAUGGGGGUGAGGAAGGAGUUGAUGAAGAGGGUGAUGAUGAUGAUGCUUGAAAACCAUGUGAUGAUGUUAUGGACAUGAUCUUGUAAAACCGAGUGGACUGCCUCAAUCAAGUAGAGAGCCUCUCCUUAUAUGAAGAUUUGAAUCGGUAGGGAAGAAUGAGCAGACAAGUUUUAAUCCUUUUUGAUGUAUAGAAACACUUCUGUGAAUCAUUUACUUGUAAAAGUUUCUCUUUACCAUUGCUGUAGGUUUCUUUCCCCUUGUUUUGCCUCAUUUAUUCCUGUUCAUGCUGUUGUGUUGACUAGCCAUGUGAAAUUGUAAUAAGUGUGUGAAAGUGUGAGUGUGUGCAACAGGAUUAUUUUUAUAUUUUGUAUGUAUUUCGUUUAGAUUUUUUUUGGGAGCACUGCAGUGGGGAGACGUUUCAUCUUUUCUGUUCUUUGAUGCAUGACACUUUUAGUGGAUCUUUGAUUCCCUUUUGUUUUAUUGUUCUAAAUUUAACAACUUGUAUUAGACUUAAAAAUUAUGUCACCAUCAAGAGAUCUUUAUAGUGUAGCAGCAUAAUCUGUACUAGAAUUAAUUGACCUUAAUUAAAUAUAUUACAUGGUAUACUUA